AUGACUUUCUUCACUACAGAUCCAAGGAAUUUCGAUUUUGUAGGAUCGAUUCCUGAAGUGGUGAUGGAGAAAGUCCCUUUGAACAAUGUAAUAAUUAAGGCUUAUCAGAAAUUACCUUUAUUUGGUGUUCGUAAGAUUCCUUUUUAUUUGAAGAAAAUUAUUGAAGUUGGUGGUCUACUAAAGCGAGGAGGGAAAAGGAAAACCAAAGAAGCUGCAAAUGUUGUUGCGACUGUCUCUAAGAAAAUUAAAAAGCUGGCAAAAAAGCCAAAGUUACCACCACAUGUGUUCGAAGAUAAUUCUGAAGAGCGAACAUAUAGUGAUGUUCAAGGAGAAGGAAUUAUCCGAAAUUAUGAAGAUGAUAGCUCUACUAAUAUUGCAGUUCCAAUUGUUUAA